AUGAACAAGUUGCCAGGUUAUAGUUGGGUUGAUAUUAGAAAUAAAACCCAUGUGUUUGGGGUUGAAGACUGGUCUCAUCCUCAAAAGAAAGAAAUUUAUGAAAAGCUUGAUAGUCUUCUUGAUCAGAUAAAGCGAAUUCAAACAGAAUCAGUUCUGAUUGAAAUGGAUGACAAUUUGAAGGAGAAGCUUCUUCAUUAUCACAGCGAGAGGCUAACCGUGGCAUUUUUAUUACUAACCUGUCCAACUGGGAUGCCAAUCGUUGUCAAGAAAAAUUUAAGAUUUUAUUGUCCUACUACAAAAUGCCUUGCACUAUGUGAAGAUGAUAAUCAGUAUGAUGAUUUCAACAUGGAUGAAGUAGAUCUUAAUCUUGAGAACUAUGAAGAACUUUUUGGCAUGACCCUCAGUCAUUUUGAAGAGCUAUUUGAAAAUGGUAGAAUUGAUAGCUUGUUUGGGACAAAAGACAUGUUUGUUGUAGAUUUCAACCGUUAG